AUGAAGUGCUGGAGUAAUGAAUGUCUCGUCACACUAUGUUUGGUAUUGCUCAUACUGGCGGUCAUGUCCGUUUCACGUCGUUUACCAACUGCUCUAAUUAUCGGCGUACGAAAAGGGGGCACUAGAGCGCUAUUGGAUGCGUUGGCUCUUCAUCCGAAAAUAAAAGCCGCUCGUAAAGAAGCUCAUUAUUUCAAUCUGAACUAUUCGAAAGGUGUCGAGUGGUACCGUUCGUUAAUGCCACCUAGUACAUCCGACGAGGUGGUUAUUGAAAAAACACCUGGCUAUUUCACUUCGCCCAUAGCACCGCAACGAGUCUACGAAUUAAAUCCAUCGAUGAAGAUCAUUCUUAUUGUCAGGGAUCCCACUCAGAGAACAAUAAGUGACUUUACUCAGGUUUACUACAAUAAACUGGAGCAGAACAAAACGUUACCGGUGUUUGAAACAGAAGCAUUUCUCGCUGAAACUGACGUCAUUAACAUCAACUAUAAACCGAUACGAAAUUCCCUUUACGACCUUCAUAUGGUGAACUGGUUACGGUAUUUCUUAAUGGAGCAGAUUUUGCUCGUCAACGGCGACGUGUUUCGUGGAAAUCCGAUCAGUGAGCUCCGUCGUGUGGAGACGUUUCUUGGUUUGACACAUGAGAUCAGCGACGAUCAGCUGAUUUUCAAUGAACAGAAGGGAUUUUUUUGUUUUCGACGAUCACCUGCGAGCCGGGUGAAGUGUCUCGGUGACAGUAAAGGUCGUCCGCACCGUGAAAUCGUCGACAACGUUAUUGAGAAGUUACGACAAAAUCUUCGCCCGCAUAAUCGACGAUUUUUUGCAUUAGUGAAUAGAGUUUUCAACUGGUAA